AUGAUGUCCGAUGUAACAGAGGCUUUAGAAUGGCUUAUAGAACAUCAAGAUGAUCCAGAUGAUGAUUACGAAGAUGAAACAACAGUAGUUUGUUUAUAUGCCAAAACAGAUGUCAAUGAAGCAGAUAGGGAAGCUCAAUUCCGUGAAAGAGAAUCUAAGAAAAAUAUAAUAGAAGCAUUAAAAAUUACUGGAAAUAAUCAAUUUAAUGCUUGUGAAUGGUUACUUGGUGAACGACGACCUAGUUUACAAGAUUUAGAUAUUGGCCUUGAUACAAAUGAAUCCAUUUAUCAUGCAAUUAUAAGCAAUCCUCAAAUACAACUCAGCCUUAAUAAUCCAAAAGUGCUUCUUGCAUACUUAACAAUGCUAGACACACCUUCAGCAUCAUCAGUAUGGAUUAAUGAUCCUGAAAUAUAUCCUGUAUUCAAUCAAAUAUUUAAAACAUAUCAUGCUGAAAAACAUGCCAUCCAUAUGAAUCGUUCUAGGAUGAAUUAA